AGGUGAAAUGUGGCCUGACAGGUCUGAUGGGAAUACAGGGACACAGAGAGAGAGACAGGCAGGGAGGUCUCUGAGUGACUGACAAGUCUGUCAGCCCAGCAGAUUUAGCAGCAGUCUGACUGGAAUUAAGACAAUGAAAUAUUUGUGCUUGUGUUGCUGGGUGUGGAGCUGGAUUGCACCUGGUCAUUUCACAGACUGAGAGGGCACCUCAGGGCCCUGUGGACUCCCACCGCCACCGACCAGGACUGACAGCAGAGAGUGGAAUUUCCCUCCUCUUCCCUGGGCUGGGGCCGGGGGCAGAUGGUCGCUCUGAGACUUUGAGUAGAACUCAGGAAGGAGAGUGAGAGGAAGAGUGGGAGGAGGGUCGGGGAGGGAGAGGGAGAGGAAGAGAAGCGAGGAGUGGAAAGAAGAGGAGACAUGCUUCGCUACGGUUCAGGACGAACUGUUUCCACCACCACCACCACAACAGAGGACCCUUCAGAGUCUUCAAGUGAGAGGAGGAUCAGACGCCUCAGGUUAACCCUACACGCAGGAGAUAAUGGAAGCAACGAACCAAAAACGGCAAAGUCGGACACGGCUGAGAAGGAGAAAGAUGUCAAUGCGACGUGGAAGAAGAAGAAUGGGCUGAUCCAAAGAGAGAGGCCAGCUGGCAGGGAGUCACCUCAGCAGCACCUCGGAGACAUGACCAAUGGGGUGCCAGAGUCCUCGCUGCAGCAUCAUGGGCCCAAAGUGUACGGCAUAGUGCAGAGGACGGGCUCGGACAGACAGCAGGAGGUGAUGGCACGAGAGUGGACGGUCAAUCACCUUCACGAUGAGAUGAGGUACAUCAGGGAGGUGAGAGAUUCUCUGGAGAAGGUGAGAGAGCGGAUGUACGGGCAGUUUGGUGGAAUGCAGCAAUCAAUGCAGAAGCUUUCACAGGAAAUCAGGUCUGCCAACUCUCAUCGGAGGAGUCUGGAGUCAGAGGUGAGGAUCCGGACGGCGGCCAUGGAGAGCUUUGAUCAGAUGAAUAGCUCCCUUAUAUCUGCCAACAUCGGCCUGCAGAAAUCCCUUCUAGAGAACUGUCAGAGCAGAGUGGACACCAGAGAGGAGGUGAAAAGUUUGCGGAGCACCUGUGAGAAAACUCAAGAAAAACUCAGAGACAAAGAGAGGGAGCUGGCUGCUGCACAGGCUGAAAACCAGACUCUGAGGUUACAGGUGGAGUCUUCGCGGGAGGCCAACACGAAGGCACUGCAGGAGCUCUCAGAGAAGCUACAGAGGGAGUACGAUGAAAAGCUGCAAGAGGAACAGCGGAAACACAGGGAGGAGAUCGAAAACCUGCAGGCCCAGCUCGAUGAGUACAUCAGGCGACUGGAGGAAGCAGAGAGAAACAUCAGGAUUGCAGAGGCCAAGAUUGCUGAGAGGGACCAGAGGAUCAUUGAAGUGGAGCGUCUACUGGACUGUAUGGGAAAGGAAAAGAGUCAACUCCAAAAGAAACUGCAGGAAUGUGAACAGCGGCUCCGCUUAAUGGAGCUGACGGACACAACCGAUGCAACUGUAGCCAAAAGGUCCCAACAACUGCAAGGUGAAGCGGUGGAUCUUCGUGAGAGAAUCAAACACUUGAACGACAUGGUGUUCUGCCAGCAGAGGAAAGUCAAAGGAAUGAUCGAGGAGGUUGAAACACUGCGAGGUCAAGUCGCUCAGAAGGAUAUGUUCAUCUCAGAGCUGCUGGACAGAAUUGCAAUAGUGGAGUGUGAGAAUAAUGAAUUAGAAGACAAGCUGAAGUAUUUUGUAUCCACACAGAAUAGGCCGCGAGAGGUUUUGGAAACCAGGGAGAUAGGAGUAGGCUGUGAUCUACUCCCCAGACGUGAAGCACAGAGGCAUGAUGUUGAAAGUCCUCAACCAACUCAUCUCCAUCCCAUACAACUCCCAUCACCUGUUCAACCUCCAUCACCAAUGAAACCAUCAUCAUCCACACAACCUCUGUCACCCACUCAAGUGUCAUCACCCACACAACCUCUGUCACCCACUCAACCUCUGUCACCCACUCAACUGUCAUCACCCACACAACCUCUGUCACACACACAAACUCCACCCCCCUUCCAACUCUCAUCCUCUACACAACCUUCAUCCCCCUCAUCUCCCCCUCAGCAUCCAUCCCUCUACCUGACAAUGCCCACCCAACCAAGGACGUUCAAGUCUAAUAACCCUCCACCCAGCAGGCUGGAGUCUAGCUUAUUGAGAUACACUCCUGUUGAAUACAGCCGCUUCCUGCAGUCCAACUCUUCUGUACCGAGCGGGAUGUUCCCCUACACCCGCCCGACUGUAUCUGAACCUCCUAUGAGCCCGGACCAGUCCGGGAGGGACGAGGUGGAUGCAGAAACAAACACAAACACACGCCCAAGUCCACAGGAACCCCCUUCAUCCCCUUCACGAGCAAGAUCAAGAGCACCUCGAGUUUAUACACCAUUCAUGAAACUUAUGGAAAUAACAGCUAAGAUAAAUGUAGAGUAACCUUAAAGUAAUAAUAAUAGACUUUAUACACAUUUUGUAAAAUACACUUAUUCUCUUACAUGAGAAGAUCUAUACCACUCACAUUUUUUAUAGCAACCAUGAUGCUAAAAUCAGCAGCUAGUUAGCUUAGCUUAGCACAAAUGCUGAAAACAGGGGGAAAGUCACUGCUCCCAGCCACAACAUUUUUACACUCAAGUUUUUGUACGGAUUACACACAGAAAAGAUAGAUGAGUUUGUUGAACAGUGAGCUUUAGCGGUGUCGGUGGGUGGAUUUUGAUACCUUGGGACAGAACAGAACAGAGCAGGGUAGUCUUCUCCCCGUUUCCAGUCUUUGUGCUAAGCUAAGUCAUAUGUAGCUGCCGUUAGCUUAGCAUAAAACUAAUCUGUACGUCAAGACUGUACGAUAAAUAUCUUUCUGCAGUUAAAAUUAAGCUACCUGUGGUUAAGCUAAUAAGCGGGGCUGUUUCUUAAAAUGUUGAACUAUUCCUUAAAAGCUCAGUCGUCUUUGGUCUUAUUUUCAUGGCUGAUUAUCUUUUUAGAAUCACCAUGUGUGACACAGAUCUCAUUUCUUAAGCAGUUGACACAUUCAUAUUAGUGAUUUGUUUGUCAUGUAUGGUGUAGAAUAUAAUUCUGGUCAAUGAUGACAAAAGUCUCAUGUAAGUUUUUCUUGCACAUAGUGCUGUUAAGUAUAAUAAAAUGUUGUAGGGUGUAAAUAAUCUGAUGCUCUGUAAAGAUAUUUUAGAAAUAACGUGUUGAAGGAUUAUGUUUGUUUCGUUUACAUUGAAUGUAGCCACCUUGUGUUGCUCAUGGAGCUAUGAGUAUUCACUCUUAUAUGAAAGUUGAUAAAGUUAUUGUGUGUAUUUUGCUAUGAUUUUAUAUUGUCUCUGUACAAAUUAAAUGAAUAUUAUUUUGUUAUUGACACUAUGUACAAAAUAUUUAUUAACAUGUUUUGUGCCUUUGUGAACAGCCUACUAUCUGAUACUGGUGGUGGGAAUGAAUCUCUGUGAAUUGGCAACAGGGUAAUCAUGUAAUGUAAAUUUCUGUGCUAAUGGUAAAACUGUAGAGAUACCUUAAGAGGUGACUGCCAUUCCUGAGCCACAGGCACAAGUAUUAUCCAGCUGUUGUCUGCACUGCCACAACUGUAUGAUGUGCCUUUUCCUUAACAUUACAUAUCAAACUGCAACUAAUGAGAAGAGGCCUGCAUAUGUUUGGCUAAUAAAGACUAUACUGUACAAGUA